AUGCUUUGUGGUGAGGUGUACCUGAAAGGACACAAGACGGGAUAUCCACUACCGGUUCCACGGAUUCCACCCGACUCGGAUACUUCUCGCAUGGUGUUCAUCUGGAUAACCGAAUAUCUGCCCAACUCAGCCGGUUAUGUGCUUCAGAAUAUCGGUUCUCUACAGUACAACGUGACCCCCGACAAUGUCCCUGCUGGAGAAAAGAACCGUUUGAACACAUCCUACGCUGCUUUCGAUUUUCUUACCCCACAGGUCAACAAGAUGUACCCGAACAUGGAAAUGCAGAUCAAUAUUAAAAGCACCAAGGCUCCCGUUGUCAAAAUAGCGUCUACCGGGGUACAGGCCGACUUGGUCGGGGACUUCAUCACGUACGCAAUCUUACCCAACAAGACCCUGGCCUACCUGUCCACACUCAGUAUGAGCAUAUCUGCCAAGGUGUCUAUGAACUUCACCGGGAACAACAUAACAUGGAACAUAGCGUCAUGCAGCGCCACCUUGAAAGGAGUUCGCUCAGCAGAGGUGCCAUUUCUUACAUCUAGCCUUCAGGUUGAAUUAGGCAACACAUUCUAUCUUAACCAGCUCGGUGCUGUGGGAAUUCCCAUUCAUCAGCUUAUCAAUUUGCCUGAUGGAUUUGUGUUCACCAACCCUGUCAUCUACCUAGGAGAGGGAUUUUUGAAGAUCGGGACGGACCUUACCUAUACACCAUAACGUCCAACUGUCCUUACCUGCACCAUCUGAAAGCCGUACAUAUUUAGUGUACCUAUGGCUUCUAGUAACAAAGGGGUUAAAGCUUAUCUGCCAUAGUUAACAGGAGGGAUUAGACCGCCCUGCAAGGACACUGAACAGGUGGUUAUCU